AUGCAGAUAGGUGAAAUUUUGAUAAUUGAUGAGUACCAGAUAUCUAUUGGGGAGAAUAUUACUGAUAAAUUAUAUGAUUGCAAAUCAACUCGGAAUUCUUAUAUUGCUUAUUGUGCUAGACUAAUACCAAUGCAAGAAUAGCACUUAUAGAUGCAUUAUGAAAUGUAAUUCUAAAUCCAUGAAAUACUCUAUAAAAAUAGAAAUAAUUAAAAUUUAGUUUAUGUACAUCUCGUCAGAAAACUAAAAGAAAGGAAUUUGAUUGUAAUAAUUAUGGAGAAAUGCGAAACUACUUUACAAUAAAUAUGGGAUUAAAAAAAAAAGUUCGAUGAUUUUAAAAUAGAUGAAUUUUUUAUUCAAUUUCUAAAUGGUUAUAGAGUUCUUUAUUAGGAAUUUAUUAUUCAUCGUAAUAUCAAACCUGAAAACAUAUAAGUUAAAUAUGUAAACGGAAAGCCAAUAUUUAAAAUAGCAAAUUUUGCAAUUGCAAAAAUAUUUUUAAAAGAUGAUGAUUCCCCCCUUGAAAAAAUUGGAACGCCUGCAUAUGCUGCUCCAGAAAUAAGCCCAAUAUAGCAAGACUUGGAAUUAAGCUAUUGCUUUAAUUCUAUCAAGAAUAUUGAAAAUCAUAAAAGCUAAAUUGAUAUUUAUUCAAUUGGUUUGAUAUUGUAUUAGAUGGUAUAUGGGAGUUUACCUUUUGAUUCUUAAGUCAUUGAAAUUAUCAAAUUUUUGAAUCAAAUAAAAUUACAAACGUUAUAAUUACAAGGGAAUUCAAAGUAUAUCGAACUUAUUGAACAAAUGCUAGUUUAUUCCCCUGAUCAAAGAAUUCCAUUUUAAUAGGUUUUUUAGAGGUUUGAACAAGAACUUAACAAUGUAGGAUCUCAAAUUUUUUAGUUUAAUAAACUUCCUGGAAUGAAUCCUUUUUUAAGUUUCGGUUAACAUCCAGAGAACAUAAAUUCUCAACGAUUUCCUACCAUUAUUAAUAAGAAUAAUAAUAAUUUUAAUAAUAGCAAUGGUAGUAAUAUUAAUAAUAGCAAUAACAAUAAUCAACAUCCACAGCAUAAAGGAUAACCAAAUUUCUUAAGGAUAUACUCUAUACAAUAAUAAUGUUUUCCAUCUCGGAACCAAUUGAAUUAACCACUAUUUCAAUAAAUGCACAAUCCAAAGAAGGAAGUAAUAGAAUAUCUAAAAGCUCUAUUGUAUGAUUUUGAUGCAGUAGUAAGUGACUCAAUUAAAUAAGAAAUAAAAACACAUUUAGAGUCUGGAGAUGAGAUUUUUUAAGAAGUUAAUCUUAAAAAAUUGUUAAACGUGUUUAAAUUUGACCCUAAUAAAGUAAAUCAUUAUACUAAGCUCUUAAACUUUUAUUAUUCCAUUUUCUCUAUUUUGAAGAACCCAGGUAUCUAAAAUUAACAUAAAAUCUCUGAAUCAUAAUAAAAAGAUUUUAUCAAACAAAUUCAUCAAUAAAAAUGA